GCAGGUGUCGCGAGCUCUGGCGAGAUCUUGGCGGCGGGCGGGGCCUGGCGGCGCCAAUGAGGCGCGCGCUGGGCGCCGUUCGAAGCUGGCGGCGGGCAGUAGUGGCCGUUUUCCUCAGGCGGCGCGCGGCCCGGCUCUCCUCAGGGCGGCCGUUAGCGGCUCCCCUUCCCUGCCGGGCCAUGGACGCGUCGAGGGACUUCUUCGGGAAGCUGCGCGCCCUCUCUCUCACUCUGGAGAAGGAGGCGAAGCAGCUGGAGCGGGCCCUACGCAAAGAGGACACGGACUAUGAGGAAGAAUCUCCAAUACGAGCCUUACAGGACCUCCAUUGUGAAAUCAAAACUCUGAAGGAAGAUGUUCAUGGCAGUCUUCGUAAGAUUUCCUCUGAAAAACAAGCAAUUAAUGACUUUAUGAAGGCAAGUGAAAUACUGAGGCAAAGAAAUGCAGCAGAUCUUGGAAAAAUAAGAGAGAUGUUCCAGAAAUAUGGCUACAAACCACGUGUCAAAGACUCUACAGAAGAGGAGGAAGAAGUUAACAGUAAUUUGACGGUGUCUGUUCAGAAUAAAUCUGGUGAAGAAAAAGCAGAUGAUGUACCUCAUCUUCCUGCUUCUCCUGAGAAGCCACCAGUGCCCAAAGACCUACUGCAUACCCCCCAGCUUUUUGAGUUUGGUCUUUCACAAUAUGCUUUCUCCAGGCCUUGGAGUGCAGCAAAAGGACAACACACAACAAAUGCACAUCAAGAAGAUUCAAAGAACGGAACUCUUCUAAAAACACAGAGCCCCUGUAUUUUGGGCAAAAUACCAAAAUGUACGCCAAAGACGGACCAUUAUGAGUGUGCAACACCAAAACUUGAACACUUUGGCAUUAGUGAACAUACCAUGUGUAUGAAUGAAGAUUUUACAAUGUCACUUAUGCGUAAAGCGGCUCAGACAAGCAAGAAGUUGGUUAAAAAAGAUGAUCAUGAAGUGAAUGUACCAGAAAUGACACCCAGGAAAAUCAUGGUUACUCCUGGGCGAAAACCAAAAGUGACAACUGAUAAUGAAGCUGACUGGAUGCCUUCUCCUAUGGUACUUGUAUUCUGUACUCCUGAUGUGAAAACCCCUUCCAGAACAAAUAGCAUGUUGUCAAGGUCACCAGAGACAAAUGAACUGCCUCUUCCCGCUCAUAUGCAAACACCACAGUUUCCAGAUUUUGAAACAAGAGGGCUAAAAACAGAAGCUAAGCAGGUAAAGGAGAAGGAAAAGAUUGAGUCUGCGACAAAGAAUGAUGCAACAGAUAAACAGCACAUAGAAGAGGGCAUUCCUUCUACUGUGAGCUCUGAUGAGUAUCUCAAACGUCUUGAAGACCUUUCUCCUCCCAAAAUGAAAUCAUAUGACCAGUUACUCAGUACUCCUCCACCUCCAGAAAUAACAAGGAUACCAGAUGAUAUUCUACAGAUUCUGUCCAAGUAUAGUCAUAAAGUAGACUCUUCUAAAGCUAAGGUAAUGGAGACCAAGGCGGGAAAUAUCACAAGAUAUGAAAGCGACUACACUGAUUACAGCAACAAAGAGAACAGAGGAUAUUCUGGAUUUUUCAAGCCAAACGUCUGAAAGCAAGCUGAAGACCAUGUUGAGACUGUUUCAUAUUCAUGGGUCUUAUCACUGAAUCACAACAAGCUCGAAAAGCGAAAGAAAAUACUGGUGGGAGGAAAGAGCCAUACAAAGGAGGAGCUUUUUUAACAGAGAAAGUUUGAUGUAGAUGAACUUGUUUACACGAACAACUUGUGCUUAAUUUUUCACUGAAAUUAUUGUCAAAACAUGUUUAGGGUUUUUAAAUAUACGUAUGUUUCAAAGAGGACUGGGGCCAUGUCUGAGGUAGUACUUAGGUGUUUUGCCUGAUUCUCUACAAUCUGCUGCAAACACUGAAUCGGUUGCAACGAAGGGAAGGUCCAGUAUAUUCCCCCAGAAAGUGGGUAUCCCUGGCUGUUCUGGUGACACUGUACAUCUCUUCAGGGCUGAGUUUGAAAUGUAGUACUUCAACAGUGUUUGCUUUCUUCAACAGAAACAAGUCUUUGUAUGUGAAGAGUAACUCCUCUUUAAAUCACUUCUAUAGUACUAAAGCACUUCUGUAAUACUAAGACACAUCAGAUGUAUCAGGCUCUUACCUGUCUGAUGGACAAGUAUUUCUUAUGCUGCUUCCUCUUUCUUAUUAUAGUUCUCUUUCAUCAACAUCAUAUGCUCUCCAUCAGUUUUCCUUUUGACAGUCUAACCUCUGUAGCCCUAAAAGGUGACUCUGGCUCGCAUAGAAUUACUUGAAAAUAUAUUGUGCAAUAGGUGCUGCUUAUGUAUGUCUUCCAACUGCUGGAGAGAUUUCUGGUAGGUGUGUAAGUGAUUGCUUGAUCUUCUAUGCUGCUGCCAUGUGCAUUCUAUAAGUGGUGGUGUCACUUCUAAACAUGCUGUGUCAGCUAUUCCUCUCAGUGACUCCAGGCUUGCUCUUACUGACAGUAUGUGGUUUUCCUGCUGAUGGCUAAAAUCCUGUCACUUAUAUGAGGCUAGGCAUGCAAAACGUGAGUAGGAAGCAAAUGUCCCAGAGAUGGGGAGAAGAGGGUUCCACAUUUUUUAUAUAAUUUUUUUUUACGUCCUCAGGAUAUGCAAACAUCUGGAGAUGUUUCUCCAGUUGCUUAGAUGGACUUACCCUCACUAAAACCUAGCAAGUAAAGGAGCCUUUUUCUUCCUAUUCCAGUCAUUCUCCAGGAUUAAGGAUAUAUUAAAUGGAGAAGCUGAUUUUUUACUCA